GAGAGGAGGGAGUUCAACAUCCUGACGGCCUGGUGGAUGAAGCUGUUGGUGAGUCUGGUGGUUCUGGACCGUAGGCUCCUGUACCUCUUUCCAGAGGGCAGGAGGCUAAACAGGUUGUGUGCUGGAUUCCACCCUGGAUAUUUUGAAACCAUGGGCAUUUUGCGUCUCUUUUCACUCACCAUGGCAAGAAUCAGCACUUUCAGACCUCAUCAGCUUGCUCUGCUCCUUGCUGCAGCUCUGGCUGUGAUGGCUUUCUACUAUUUCGGUUCAGAAAAGCAGAACUUCUCGAGCACCACCAAGCGCAUCAAGGAGACGCAGGAGAGUCACAACUCGAACCGCAACGAUGCCGAUCUCUCAGCGAACACCAGAGCUGCACAUCACGACGAGAACCGAGCAAAAAGACAGCAGACCUACCACGCUCUCAUGAUGUUCACGAAGAUUAACAUGAGCCGAUCAAUGCAGAGCAAGUUUGAGGUGGCCAUGCGCUCCAUGGCAAAACAUGGCCGUUUCCGAGAGGAUGAACUUCUGGUUCUUCAUUAUGUUUCUGAUGGAGGCAGUAAGGAGCUGGCCAUGAGGAUGCUUCCCGAGCUGCUGCAUGAUGCGACGUUUCAGUAUGAGGUGGAGUUUCAUGAUGUUAAUGGUCUGACAGAGAAGCUCUUCCCAAUUGUGAAAGCCAUGCAGAAGCAUUUCAGUGCAGGCUCUGGGGCCUAUUACAGUGAUGCCAUCUUCUUUCUUUCUGUGGCCAUGCAUCGCAUUAUGCCGACAGAGAUGAAGCGUAUCGUGCAGUUGGACCUGGAUCUCAAAUACAAAGCUAACAUUCGAGACCUGUUCCAACAAUUCAAGCACUUCAGUCCUGAAGCAGUGAUUGGAAUCAUCCGAGAGAUGCAGCCAGUGUAUAGACACACAUUCUGGCAAUAUCGCAAGGAAAAUCCUGACUCCCAUGUGGGCGAUCCUCCUCCUGAUGGCCUGCCCGGCUUCAACAGUGGUGUGAUGCUGCUGAAUCUGGAGACCAUGCGCCAGUCUUCGCUAUACAACCGCCUCCUUGAGCCUGAACGUGUCGCCCAUCUCACUGAGAAAUAUCGCUUCCGUGGCCACCUGGGCGAUCAGGACUUCUUCACCAUGAUAGGCAUGGAGCAUCCAGAGCUCUUCCACCAUCUUGAUUGUGGCUGGAACCGACAGCUGUGCACCUGGUGGAGGGACCACGGCUAUGGCGAUGUUUUUCAGCUGUACUUCCGCUGCGAUGGACCCGUGUACAUUUACCAUGGAAACUGCAACACUCCUAUACCCGAUGACUGAGAGCUACAAGAUGUAUUUGCCCACUUUGAACCAUCUGAGAGAAUUCUGCUGCUUUGCAAGCAAGGUUCUGUGGUGCCUGACCAAUGAGUUGAGUAUACAUGCUUCAAGCUUUAAUUUGAAUAGAUAAUGUUGUAAACCACCGAGAUUUUUUUUUUUUCGGGGGGGGGCCCUCUGAGGAGAAGAAGAGACUAAGUUAUGCUUUGAUUUAUCCCAGAAACUUGUGUUGUCCCACAAUUUGUGGUUCCCCUUACAUUCCAGCGUAAAUACUGUAGUAUUUACAUCUUUUAAUCUGAACUUGUGGAGAUGCCCCAUGCUGCGGUGCUUGUUUAUGGCUGCAUGAUUUCAAGCUUUAGUUGUUUUCAAAUGCCAGGAUUGAGGAGCAGUUGGUUCUCUUUGUGUGCUGCCCCAUGAUGCAGGUGGGGGUCUGAGCAGUGGGAAAGCACACUGCCAUACAGCCAGCUGCUGCUAAAAAGAGUAGAGUGCUGGCACUUGUAAUAUCUCUUCACGUUACUGGCACCAAGAACCAGGUUUUGCAUUGCAGUCCUGACCGCAAUAUAAUAGCACCCCAGCAGUUGCUUUAGAGCAAAUAGCAGAGCAGAAACCCCAGCACUGUGAUCGUGUUUCAUGAGUGUAGUUGUAAAGCUUGCUGACCUGAUUUUGAUUUUGAAAUCCUAUCAGGAUUUCAACAGCUCCGAGCUUUUGUCCUCCUGUGCUGUGCAAGUUCAUGUCUGCUUUUGAAAAUUAGGGGGAAAAAUAGUAGCAUCACAGGAAAUAAACAGAGCAGACAAGACAAAAUGUGUUUAACACAUGCCAGAUUGGUGUAUGGCUAGUUUCCCAGAAAAAGCCAUUCUUAGUGAGAUGCAUCAGCAUGCCCCAUGAGUGGGAAUUGGGAUUCCAGCAAGAUUUACUUCUGUCCAGUACAAGGAACAGGCAUUAUGUUAGAUGUGCUUGGCUGGUGCUUACUAAGCAAGGAAGGUUUUGGUGGGCUUCCCACAGAGUCUAAAAUUAUGUAAUAAUCCACACUGUGUUAUAUUGGAGGGUGCUGAGAGCUUUUUCAAGUAAAGUACUCUGUAGGGGGGCGGCACGGUGGUGUAGUGGUUAGCGCUGUCGCCUCACAGCAAGAAGGUCCUGGGUUCGAGCCCCGGGGCCG